GUUGUGCACGCUGCCGUAGCUGGAAAUCCAGACGCCAAACGCCUUUACGAUGACCUUUUAUCUAAUUACAACAAACUCGUUAGGCCCGUUGUUAAUACUUCGGAUGUGCUUAGAGUGUGUAUCAAACUAAAACUUAGUCAGCUGAUCGAUGUGAACUUAAAAAACCAAAUUAUGACCACUAAUUUAUGGGUGGAACAGUCAUGGUAUGAUUACAAACUCCGAUGGGAGCCGAAGGAGUACGGAGGGGUCCAAAUGUUGCACGUGCCGUCCGAUCACAUUUGGAGGCCGGACAUUGUACUUUACAACAACGCGGACGGCAAUUUCGAAGUGACCUUAGCCACGAAAGCCACCAUCUAUCACCAAGGGCUGGUAGAAUGGAAGCCGCCUGCUAUUUACAAGAGUUCCUGCGAAAUCGAUGUGGAAUAUUUUCCCUUUGACGAGCAGACUUGCGUGCUAAAAUUUGGUAGUUGGACGUAUGAUGGUUUUAUGGUGGAUCUUAGGCAUAUGGAUGAAAAAGUGGGCAGUAAUACAGUUGACGUAGGAGUAGAUUUGUCAGAGUUCUACAUGAGUGUUGAAUGGGAUAUUUUGGAAGUUCCAGCUGUAAGGAACGAAAAAUUUUACACCUGCUGUGAUGAACCAUAUCUAGACAUAACUUUUAACAUAACGAUGAGGAGAAAAACACUUUUCUACACUGUUAAUAUUAUUAUUCCGUGUAUGGGAAUUUCGUUUUUAACAGUACUUACCUUUUAUCUACCAUCGGAUAGUGGAGAAAAGGUAACAUUAUCAAUAUCUAUUCUCAUUAGUCUACACGUUUUCUUCCUCCUAGUAGUAGAAAUUAUUCCACCGACUUCGUUGGUUGUUCCACUUCUGGGAAAAUAUUUAAUUUUUGCCAUGAUCCUAGUAUCAAUAAGUAUAUGUGUCACUGUGGUGGUUUUAAACGUUCAUUUUCGGUCACCCCAAACCCACAAGAUGUCUCCGUGGGUGAAGAGAGUUUUUAUACAUAUUCUACCUAGACUUUUAGUAAUGAAACGGCCUACAUAUAUUUUCGAAACUAGAAGUAAAUUUUUAUCCAGUCGAUUUGUCUCUAGAAGUAGACAAUACUCAACCUGCCUAUACCCUUAUCGGACGACAGUCCAAUCAGAUGACAGUCCGAAAAGAAGAUACCUAACAAGUAGAACUCCUAGUAAGGAGGAUUUAUCUCCGAGAUUGACCGAUGGAGGUCCUUUCGGAGGAAGCUGCCAAAUUCAUGGUCCUCUCACUGGUGCUUUGCCAUUGACGGACGCAGAAGACGAAAGUGGCCUUAAGAGUCCCGUUCUUCACAAUCCUGCUUACUCACAUAGUAGGUGUCCCCCAGAAAUACACAAAUCUUGUUUCUGCGUGCGAUUCAUAGCAGAACAUACAAAAAUGUUGGAGGAUUCGACAAAGGUAAAAGAAGAUUGGAAAUAUGUAGCGAUGGUCCUGGACCGUCUUUUUCUCUGGAUAUUUACGCUGGCUGUACUUGUAGGUACAGCUGGUAUUAUACUGCAAGCUCCAACUCUUUAUGACGAUAGACAGCCCAUUGAUAAAAAGUUUUCUGAAUUUGCUACAACAACAGUAGUUCGUUGCCCCCCUCCGAUAUGA